AUGGAGCAGUCUUUUAUGAAGGUUAUGAGAGGAAUUGGAGAAGCUUUAAAAUUAGAUGAUGAACAAAACCACCAGGCAGCCUAUAUACAGUAUGUAGAGUGUAUUUUGAGUAUAGCUAGUAAUUUGCUACAGAAUGUUCGAAGUAAUGGAGAUAAGGUGUUGGUGACAGCAUAUGUUGAGAAACAGAUUAUGUUGGGUAAACAAUGUAUGGAUAGAAUAUCUACAUUAUUUCAUGAAUUUAAUAAUGAAGCUGAGAUUAAGAAUGGGAAUGAAUUAGAGAAAUCUGGUGGAAUUAGUCGAUUUGCUGCUCCUGUACCUCCAUUACACAUACAACCAUCCAGUAGUUCAUUCUCAUUAAAAAGAAAUUUAUCACCAACAGAAAUAGCUUACCGUCAAAAUCAGUCAUUGAUGAGAGCAUAUAAAGCAAGAUUAGCAACUAUGAGUAAGAAUAAUCCAAUGGCUGCCAAUUUGAGUUUGACUGUACAAAGAAAACUGGCUGAGAACUUGGCCAUUGCUAAUGCACAAGAAAGAGCUGUAUCCUUUGUAUAUGAAAAUAUAUCUUGGUAUUGUAAGUUAUCUGAAAAGAUGAAAGAAACACAGAGAAGGUUGGAUGAACAGGCUGCCAGGAGGUUUAUGUCACCUAUUGGUAUGUCUGAAGAAGAACAAGAACAAAGACAAAUCUAUAAGAAAAUUUUGGAGUAUGAGCAACAAGCAAAAUGGUUAUUGGAAUGGAGAAUAAAGUUAUCUAAUUCACCAAAAGACCAGGUAGUUAUCAGUCAGUUAGUUACACAGAUUUUACGAUGUGAAGACCAUCCAUUAACCAAACUAUUAAUGAAGUAUCAGUAUAAGAUUUAUGAAAAGCUGUAUCCAUUAGUUUCUACGAAGAUGGCUACCGUGAAUGAAAUAUGUGUUCCUCUACCAGAAAGUUUUCAUCCCAAAAGACGUCCAGUUUUAGAAGAAAGUUGUGAUAGUAAAAAGAAAAAUAAUGGAAAUGAUAAGGAGGAUUGUGAUAAGGAUAAUGAUAAGGAGGAUAGUGAUAAGGAUAAUGAUAAGCAGGAUAGUGAUAAGCUUGAUCAGGAUAAGGAUAAUGGUAAACAGAGUAGUGUAAAUGAUAAACAGGGUAGUGAAUGUCUUAGAGAUAAGAAUGAUGAAAGUUGUAUAGUAAGCGAUAUUGUUAACAUCACUGUAAAUGAUAGUAAAAAUCGAGAAUAUAGUGAGCAGUUUGUCAACAUUGAAUGUAAAAACAAUGUAGAAAACUUCACUGAACAAACUAUAACUGAUUUAAAAACAGCAGUAGACCAAAAUGCUAAAUUAACAGAACAAUUAUCUAUGGAUAACAAAAAGAUUUAUACUAGUGUACGUUCAAUGUCUCGGGAAUUUGAAAGCUAUAGUGAAGAGAAUAUGGAUGAUUUAUUUGAUGAUGAUAAUAAUGAUGUGGAAAGUCUUGCAGGAAAUAAAGAAUUGGAUAAAAUAGAAUUUAACUUGCAAAGACAGGAUUCAGAAGCUUAUGUUGUUUUAUCAUCCAAUGAUGUGGACAGCAGCUCGAAGUUUAGAGACAAUUUAUACAAAUUUAGACGUCCGUCAGAGAUAGCUAGAGUGAGAACAAUGUCAGAAGAAGCCUAUGUUCGUCAUUUGAAAGGUGUAUCUCAAGACAUUCACCAUGCUCUUGAGAAACUUCUAGUAAUGUUCUCAAUAGGAUACGAGGAACUUGGUAGUGCAGAAGGUCAAGAUCAAUGUUAUGCUUCCAUUGAAGAACCCUUUUUCAAACCAAUUUGGAAAUAUCUGUUAAAUAUAUUCAGACUAUCAAACAAAACAGAAGAGACAGCCUUAGCUUAUUGUAUGACUAUUAAACAAGGUGAUUUACCAGAAUCUUAUGGUGUGUCAAGAAAAUUAUGCUUAGUUUCUGACGUGGAAGGUACUUUACCUUUCCAAAGUGCUAUAAAUGAAAUAAGAAGAUUAAAAGACCAUUAUACUAUGCUGAGUAAACUGGAAUGUGUUGUUAAUGUAUGUAGAUUGAUAUGUGAAUGUGUAGAAAAUUUUUAUACAACAAAACAAAUACAAGAUGGUGAAAUUUCUUCUACACCAUGUGUAGGAGCAGAUGAUUUAUUACCUAUUUUAACCUAUGUUGUUGUUAAAAGUGGUUUGCCCCAAUUAUUGUCAGAAUGUCAAGCCAUGGCAGAAUUUAUUCAUGAAGGGUAUAUAAUGGGUGAAGAAGGAUAUUGUUUAACAUCAGUACAAACAGCUAUUAGUUUCUUAUCUUCACAAGAAAUACAGAAUAAAUAAUAUCAGCUUUAAAUAUU